AUGCCGCUUCCCAUACACAUUCCUGCACCCGAUUCACCCUCAAAGCAGCUGCAGUCGUACCACUCAGCCUACCCCGACGCCCGGUGCCUGGGGCAUCCGGAGUGGGAAAUCGAAGGCACCGGAGUGGCGACAGGCCCGCUGGCCCAAGACGUGGCCCACGCCGCCGACCUCGUCAUGACGACCAAGAACCGCCGCGACGUACGGCCGCCCCUCUUCGAACGUCGUCUCCAACAUGACUUCUGCAUGGUCGGCGACGCUUGCCUGAAGGAGGGCAUCGGGCUGGAUGGAAUCUCAACAACAGCCAAAUUCAUUGGCGACGGCUCCAUCGGCCUGGCCAACAUUGUGCACGUCAGCGCCGAGAUGUGCGCCUGCGGCUGGGCCGUCGUCGUGGUUGCCAACGGCUCAUACGGCUUCGGGGGCAUUAUCGAGACGCUACGGCACGCCCGGAUGGGGCAGACUGAGAAAUCUACGUUUGUCAAUAUCUGCACUAUCGUCGGUCUCGGCAGCGCCGUGGCGGGUAAUGCGGUUGCGCAUGGCGCGACAUCGGACGCGGAGGAGUCACUGAUACUAAGAGGGCCUGUGGAUUUGACCCCGAGACGCGCCUCGUCGUUGGGCACACACCCGGAGCUGGCGAUGAAGUUCAGGGACCAUGUGCUGGGCAUGCUGCCCGCGGGACUGGAAUCAUCUUAUUCCCGAGAGCUCCCCGGACAAGAUGACGGCUUCGCGGGUGUCGUCAGGUAUGGUAUUCAACCCGAUCGUGCAGAAGAUCAAGACCGCCUUGGUCUGCACGGCAGACCCGUGGCCGUCGGUCAGUAUGGUGUGGUCGGAUAA